UCCGGGUGGGAGGGCUACUUGAAUGCGCCCAGCGCCCAGCGACUACUUUGGGCUGCAGCUUCAUGGUUUCACUUUUGUGUCCUGACGCCUAGAGAACCACUCGUGCUGGUGGCUCCGGUUGCUCACGGGUUGAAGAGACAAGAGACCCCUCCCCGGCACCCCAGAACAUCCUUGCUUCGCUUAGUGAGCCCAAACACCUCGGUAGAAGUGAAAAUCGAGGAUCAUGCCAUCAGCCUUUGAGAAAGUGGUCAAAAGUGUGAUCCAGGAGGUGGGUGGCAGCAGAGGAGAUCUCAUCCCAGUGGACUGCCUUCGGAAUUCGACCAGGUUCAAGCCCUACAGCCUCCUGAGCAGGAGACUCUCAAGCUCAUGGUUCUGGAAACCCCGUUAUAUUUGUGUCAACCUGUCAAUCAAGGAUAUUCUGGAACCAAGUGCUCCAGAACCAGAACCGGAGUGUAUUGGCCACUUCCAAGUCUCUGACGUCAUCGAUGGGAACAUUCAGGGCAGUGUGGCAGCUUUUUUACCCAUUGGAGAAGGGAAAAUUUCUGGUGAGGCUGCAGUGUCUGACAGUGCCAGUGCCUCCAUGAGUAUGUGUAUACUGCAUGUGAAUCCAAAGACCUGGGAUAUCAUGGAGCGUGAAAGGCACCUGCAGCAGCCUGAGAAUACAAUCCUGCAACAGCUUCGGAGGCGUGGGGAUGAUGUGUUUGUCAUCACUGAGGUGCUGCAGACAAAGGAGGAGGUGCAGAUCACCCAGUCCCACAGCCAGGAGGGCUCGGGCCAGUUUACACUGCCUGGAGCCUCAUGCUUCAAGGGUGAAGGCAAGGGCCACAGAAGCCGGAAGAAGAUGGUGACCAUUCCUGCAGGCAGCGUCCUUGCAUUUCGAGUGGCCAAACUGCUCAUUGGCUCUACAUGGGGUAUCCAUCACAUCUUGGAUGAGAAAGAGAGGACCUUUGAGCCCUCCUCAGACCACAGAAGAGGAGUGGACCAGGAGCACCAUAGCUUUAAUCUGCUCGCUGCACUGCACUCCAUUGGUGAGAAGCUCAAAUUCAUGUCAGAUGGAAUCCCUGAGGAAGAAGAAUUCAGGGAAGACUUCCAAGGCCUGUAUGCAGAGGUGAAGACUGGCUCUUUACAGCUGGGGAACUUAGAAAUGGAGUUGAGACAACAGCUGCUAGUGGACAUUGGGAGGAUUUUACAGGACCAGCCCAGCCUGGAAGCCUUAGAGGCCUCACUAGGGCAGGGCCUGUGCAGUGGUGAGCAGGUGGAACCUCUAGAUGGCCCAGCAGGCUGCAUCCUUGAGUGUCUGGUGCUAGAUUCUGGAGAGCUGGUGCUGGAACUCACGGCCCCUAUCUUCUACCUGUUGGGAGCACUGAAUGUGCUGAGUGAAACUCAGAGGCAGCUGCUGGCUAAGGCUCUGGAGACAACAGUACUGUCAAAGCAGCUGGAGUUGGUGGAGCACAUCUUGGAACAGAGUACUCCAUGGCAGGAGCAGAGUUCUGUGUCCCUACCCUCUGGGCUUCUAUGUGACAGCUGGGAUGAGGAAGCUCCCACCUGGGUCUUGUUAGAAGAAUGUGGCCUAAGGGUGCAAGUGGAACCCCCCCAGGUGCACUGGGAACCAACCUCUCAGGGCCCCACAUGUGCUCUCUAUGCCUCCCUGGCCCUAUUGUCUAGUCUAGGCCAGAAACCUCAUUAGCCUGCAGGUCUCCCUUCCAGCAACAUCUCCAUGUCCUACCCUCCAGCCAGGACAGAAUCUUGCCAAGCCCAGCCUCUAGGAAAGCCAAGUACCCAACUCAGUAACAGGGUUAGAAUGCAAUGACACCCAGGAGUUGGAAAAAUUCAAUAAAUGUACAAACAAAAGCAUA